CUCGAGGCCCUGGCUGCGGUGGAGGACCGAGCCUCUCUGGCUCACUAACUCGGCUGCUCUGGAGGAUUCAGGCGCGAUUGGUUAGGUCCUUCUGAUGAAACCAUGACCAGGUGGGCACGAGUUACUACCACACAGAAUAAGAGACCCUUGCCUGCAACAUCAUGGGAGGACAUGAAGAAGGGGUCCUUUGAGGGGAGGAGCCAAAACUUUCUGAAGGAUAAACAACUUGCAGUGGAUAGGCAGUCCCUUAAAAAUGAUGCACCUCAGGCCAAACAUAAAAAGAACAAGAAGAAAAAAGAGUACAUAAAUGAAGAUGUGAACGGAUUCAUGGAAUACCUACGACAGAACUCACAGAUGGUUCACAGUGGGGAGCUGAUAGCAGCAGAUAGCCAGGAAGUAAGGGAAGAAAUUGCAGUUGCUUUAAAGAAAGACAGUCGACGAGAAGGAAGACGAUUAAAAAGACAAGCAGCAAAGAAAAAUGCAAUGGUAUGUUUCCAUUGUAGAAAACCUGGCCAUGGAAUUGCUGAUUGCCCAGCUGCCCUUGAAAAUCAAGAUAUGGGCACUGGAAUAUGUUAUCGGUGUGGAUCCACAGAGCACGAAAUAACGAAGUGCAAAGCUAACGUAGACCCAGCUCUGGGUGAAUUUCCUUUUGCAAAAUGCUUUGUUUGUGGGGAAAUGGGGCACCUGUCCAGAUCUUGUCCUGAUAAUCCCAAAGGACUCUAUGCUGAUGGUGGUAGUUGCAAACUUUGUGGCUCUGUGGAACAUUUAAAGAAAGAUUGCCCUGAAGGUCAGAAUUCAGAUCGAAUGGUCACAGUUGGUCGCUGGGCAAAGGGAAUGAGUGCUGACUAUGAAGAAAUUUUGGAUGCUCCUAAACCUCAGAAACCUAAAACAAAGAUACCUAAAGUUGUUAAUUUUUAAUAGUGAUUAGUACUAUUGUUACUUUCCUAUUUUGCAAGUUAGAGCAGGGGGUCCCUUGGAUUCAAGCCUUUAUUGUAGAUAGCACUCUGACCUACCUGGGGGAAAAUCAGCUUCCUGCUUUUUGUCUCUCAAGGAGUACUUCUACAUUGUUUAGAAAAAAAAUCACUGAAGAGAAGUAAAAGAUAAUUAAGUUGUAGUCUCUAAAAGAACUUGCUCUUUUGAGACAGGGUCUCACUAUGUACUCCAAGCUGGCCUUGAACUAUGAUCCUUCUGCCUCAGCCUCCUGAAUGCUGGGAUUGUGGGUGAGCUCCCCCAUGCCCAGCUAAAAACAUUUUGACAAACAGAACUUAGACUUAACUAAAUGACUAUGUGUCUAAUUGUAACAGACAUCUUUACUGGGGUUUGAACUCAGGGCUAAGGGAGCCCUGCUAGGGAGGCGCUCUACCAGUUGAGCCAUUCCACCAGCAACAUUCAUCUUUUUUAAAAGCAAAGUUAAAUAUUAAAGUGAGCAAAUUCUGAAAAGCAUGCUGCUUUUUUAUUUGUAGAUGAAUUUUUGG